AUGAAUUCGGGUCACCGGAGCCGGCCGGUGGCCGGCCUGUUCAUCUUCGCCUUCCUCACCUUCAUAUAUGAUUCACAUCACCUCACCAUUGCCACACAUCUCUUCUCAAAUCUCUCAUCUCUCUCCCACAGAGGCUCUCUCCCCAUCGAAGUUCCGGCCUCAAUGGAGCACCUCGCGCGCGCCAAGGCUCCUCGAUCUUGGAUAUACCAUCUCAUGGCCGAAGGGAUGUCUUUCAAGGUCACGGUCGCUCUCCGUGCAUCAAGAGUGGAGAAGUGGAUCCGCGACGUCAAGAGGGAAUUUCUCGAUGCCGCACCAACCAAGUGUGUCGGCUUGGACUACGAGUUCACCGACCCUCGCGAGGGUGAUCAGCACGCCGCCGUCCUUCAACUCUCGGUGGCGACCGAGACUUUGGUAUUCCAGAUUUGUUGGGCCGAUGAAUUGCCACAAGUUCUCAAGGAGUUCUUGCCUGACGGGAACAUCAGAUUCUACGACGCGGCUAUCGGCAAAGAUAUGCAAAUACUGAGUCCCUACGGUAUUAUUAUUACUUAUGUGUUCGACCUCCAGAAGAUACUCCGGAACCCCACCAACAAGCCCACUCCGAGUCUAUAUGAUCUGGCAAACUCUACCAUUGGGACAAACCUUGAGAAGAAGAAGAGGAAGAAAUUCCUCACAUAUUAA